AUGCCUAGUCUCUAUGAGAGCCCGCUCUACAGAGCCACCAUCGCGGAGUUCAUGGGCAGCGGCCUCUUCCUCUUCACCGUCAUCACCACCGCCGUCAACUACCCCGCCGAUCAGGCCCUAGGGGGCGCGAACCUGCUAGCCCCGAUCGGAGUGGCCACCGUGUUCGGCGUCACCAUCAGCACCCUCGCAUACACUUUCGGAGACGUGAGCGGAGCGCACUUGAAUCCGGCCGUGACCCUGGGCUUCCUCGUCCGAAAGAGCAUCGAGCCGACCCGAGCAGCUCUGUACGUCACCGCUCAGCUUCUGGGAGCCAUCAACGGAGCGUGCCUCGCCCGUCUCGUCAGUGAUUGGGACCUCUACGACGCAGGCGGCAGGGGCGUCAACUACGUGACGCACGGCCACGCCCUGUGGCAGGCCCUCUUCGCCGAGAUCGUCGCCACGGCCUUCCUCGUCACCGUCGUCCUCCACGUAUCAUACCUGGCCACCAAGCAAUACGGGCACGGGCCGCUCGCGAUCGGCGGCGCCGUCCUCGUCUGUCACCUCGCGCUCAUCCCCAUCACCGGAACGUCGAUCAAUCCCGCGAGGUCCAUCGGGGCCGCCGUCGCGUCCGGCAGCAACGCCCACCACCAAUGGUCUCAGAUCUGGAUCUUUCUAGCCGGGCCUCUCGUCGGAGGUGCGAUGGCGGGUCUCAAUCCCCUAUGGGACGACCGAGCUCGAACGGAGGCAGAUCUACCCCAGCCCACGCCCGCGCCGGGUCUCGCCGCC